UGCAGCCUCCAUCCAACAUGCUCCCGUCUGGCCCACAGGUUUCACUCACCUUCACCAGCUCUGCUUCUUCUUCUUCCUCCUCUUCUCUUGGGUCGGAUCACUCUUUGGCUCAGGAGUGGAGGUGAAGCCCUCGGGGAGUAAUGGGAUUAUUUUUCUGUGCGGAGUCGCUCCUGGAGGAAACGGUGAUCAGCUUCACGAGUGAGACGAGGCAGGACGGGUUCAGACUCCGCAGGUCAUCAUGAUGGGUGAAACAUUGCCUACAGCGAGGAAUACAAAUAACUGGAAGGCUCUUUAAGAAGGCGACUGGAGACUUGCGAGAUUGGCAGAACCUAUUAAGAAGCAGUCUGUAAAAGCAUAUCCAGACACAGCUACAUCCAAGAAUGAGGAUCAAAUACACAAUAUCCAUUGUCUUUUUUGUGGCACUUGUUAUCAUUGAGAAGGAAAACAACAUUAUCUCAAGGGUUUCAGAUAAGCUCACGUUAAAGCAGACCCCCCAGACCCCUCUACAGCCAAGUAGCUUCUCCCACAUACUGCUGAAGCACAAUGGUUCCGUUACCUCACUCAAGAUGGACUCUGCCUUCACGCUGAUGAAGCGGCGCCUGGAGAACUACAGCGAGCACCAGGAGGUGGUGACAAGGGGAAGUAAACACAUCCUCCUGCUGGCCACCACCAGGACCGGUUCCUCGUUUGUGGGCGAGUUUUUCAACCAGCAGGGUGACAACAUGUUUUACUUGUUUGAGCCGCUGUGGCACGUAGAGAAGAUGUUGACACUGGACACUGGAGGCACCAACGCCACAGCGUCGGCCAAGGCGUACCGUGAUGUACUCCAGCAACUCUUACUGUGUGACUUCUCCCUGCUGGAGAGCUUUAUCGACCCCCUCCCUGUGAACCAUAUCACCACUGCUCUUUUCCGCAGGGAGUCCAGCAGCUCUUUGUGUGAGGAGUCAGUCUGCAGCCCCUUCGUCAAAGGGGUCUUUGAGCGAUAUCACUGCAGGACCAGGCGCUGUGGGCCCUUGAACCUGACCAUGGCGUCUCUAUCCUGCAUCCAGAAGGAGCACAGGGCCAUCAAGUCAGUGAGGGUACGCCAGCUGGAGACCCUCCGUCCUCUGGCUGAGGACCCACGUCUUGACGUGAAGUUCAUUCAGCUGGUUCGGGAUCCUCGGGCUGUCCUGGCCUCACGCAUGGUGGCCUUUGCAGCCAAAUACAAGAACUGGAAGGAGUGGGCCGCAGGUGGGGACGUACCCAUCGAUGAUGACGAGGUGAGGAAGUUGAAAGGGAACUGUGACAACAUCAGGAUGUCUGCAGAGAUUGGCCUCAGGCGGCCACAGUGGCUGCAUGGACGCUACAUGCUAGUGCGUUAUGAGGACAUUGCCCGGUUUCCUAUGAGGAAGGCAGCUGAGAUGUACAGAUUUGCUGGAAUCCCGUUCACUCCACAAGUUAAAUCCUGGAUCCUGAAGAACACCCAGGCCUCCAAGGAUAAAAGCGGUGUUUACUCCACGCAGAAAAACUCAUCAGAACAAGUAGAGAAAUGGAGGUUUAGCUUACCCUUCAAAAUAGCCCAGGUUGUACAGAAAGUGUGUGGGCCAACACUGAAACUUUUUGGGUACAAAUUUGUAAGUAGUGAAGAUAUGUUGACAGAGAAGUCUGUUAGUUUGAUCGAAGAUAAAGUUUUCACCGUUUUAUAGACUAAUGGACAUGAACUUUGAACUCUGAUGCAGGAAACCAACAGUUUCUGAAAACUCUGGAAUGACUGAUAUUUAUUAGGGUCUUUCAUGCUGGUGCAGAGAGUUAUAUUUUUUUCUGAUAAUGUACUAUUUAAAGAUUUUUACUAUUUAAAAUAGUUUGAUGAAGACAAUGUAUUAUUGAGCGGAAAAUACAUGGCUUUAAAUUUUUAAAAGCAAGGAUAUUGAAAAUGUAUAUAUGGGUAAAACAGGAAGCACAAGUAUCUUAGUUUUUGCACUCUGGACAAUUUUCUCCAUCUAACGCAAACUGUGUCAUUGGCUUGUCCUGCAAGCCUAUCCAAAUUGUGGUUUGGUUUUGCAAUAAGGGUUUGAAUCCUAAGGGAUGUAGCUGAGGGCAUGUUAGCAAUAUAUAAGCUGUUUCAAAGACUUCCAGGUUCCUCAUUAGUUAUUAGUUUUUGUGCAGCAACUCCUGAGUUAGUUACACAAGCUGCUUUUACACCAAAGAAACUUGAAAUGAGUUGUAAUGACAGAAAGAGGAAAUACCAAUUCAAUGCAUGAGAUGUAAUGAAGUAACGUACCGUGCUCAGUUUAUUUAUUUAGAAUAUGUGCUAAAAUGUCAUGACUCCAGGUCUGAAUGUGUUCCACAGCCCUACUAUUCUUGCACAUGUAUGUAGCAGUUUGCAUGUAUGUAAUUAGCCAAAAAUAUCAUCCCUUGGAGUGUAAGGACCCUUUCUGUAAAACAGAUGUUUACAUUGCUACUGUAUGCAAACAUUCCAACUGCAGCUGGUUUGCAGGAUUGUGUGAGGUUUGUCAGCAGGUCCGUCUGUUGACUCAAGUCUCUUGGCUGGUGAUAAAAAGGGGGGCCCCCAAUACUUGGGCCUGCCAGACUGUUAGAUGAUGAUGUUCUAGUCUGUUGUUUUUUGGCAAUUUGUUUGUUACAAUAAAACAUC